AUGGCCAGAGCCAGAGACGCAGGCACAGGAGCCUGUGCCCAUGCGGCUGUUGGGGCGACGCAGCCGAGGACAGGUGCUCCCGGACUCGUACAGAGGGCACCAACGACGAGUACGAAGUAUGCCACGCAGCUCCUGCAAUAUGCCGCCAAGGAGGAUCCUGGAGAGGCUCUCAAGCUCCUCCAGGUGCUGGCGGCUUCGAAGCUCCAGGUCAGCAGCUUCCACUUUGGAGCACUCUUGGGGCCUUGCGAAAGGAAAUCCUCCUGGGUGUUGGCUUCCUGCCUCCUGGCGAAGACCGCCUCGGCCGGUGUGGAGACGAACAUUGUAAUGCAGAACGCUGUCCAGAGCUGCGUGGCCAAGAAGUCGCAGUGGUGGUCUGCAUUGAGGAUUCUCCAGAUGACUCUGCAUCUCUCCCUGCAACUGGACACAAUUUCCUUCGACACAGCCAUAUCCUCGUGCAGAUCAUGCCAGCGUUGGAAGCAGGCACUGGCAGUUGUCUCGUCGGCUCGCACGCAGUCAGCUCUCGUCUCGGACUUCGGGCACAACUUUGCCAUGACCGCCUCUGGCAAGGCGCUUCAGUGGCAAAGGGCCCUGGAGGUACUCUGGACAAUGACGGACCGUGAAGUGGAAGCAGGAGUUUACAGCCUGAACGAGGCCAUCAACGUGUGCAAAGCCUCCUCUUGCUGGGAAGUGGCCCUCGACCUCCUCUCGUCUGUCGAAGGCGCAGUCCCGGAUCUCAUCAGUUUCGGAUCGACCUUGUCCGCCUGUGCUCGGGCAUCGGCCUGGGAGGAGGCUCUUGCCCUGCUGUCUGCUCUGCCGCGGAAGGCGGUCGAGCCCAAUCACAUCUGCUACAACUCCGCCCUGGCAGCUCUUCAACUCUCUGCUCAUUGGAAGCAUGCAGCAGCGCUGCUGCGCCGCAUGGCUGAGGUGUCGCUGGUCAACGUCGUGGCCUACAACGCAGCUCUCGGCGCCCUGGGAGCUGCGAAGCGCUGGGCGGAGUCUCUGGAGGUGCUCCCCGAGAUGGCUUCGCGUCGGUUCAGUGCGAACGAUGUGAGCAUGAGCACCAUCCUCAACACGCUCGGUGGAGAUGGGAAGUGGCAGGCUGCCCUGCAGCUGGCCUCUUAUCUGUCACAGCUGGAGAUGGCAACUCACAGUGCCACAUCGCUCCGCUCCGCCCUGCGCGGGCACCGCUGGCGCUCGGCUCUCGAGGCCCCGCCCAAGGACGAGGUGGAUGCGUCGGUGGCCAUCGGCGCUCUUGGGGAUGCAGGGCACUGGGCCGAGGCGAUGAGGUGCGCAGUCGAGGCCCGCUGGGCCCCAUCACUCCUUUUGACGAACACUGCUGCGGCUCUUGGCGCCCGGUACUCGGCCUGGCAGCAGGGCUUGGCUUUGCAGGUGGCUACUUGGGCCCAGGCAGUGCAACCAACGUUGACUGUGGACCGAGCUGUGUUGGCGGCAGCGAGUUGGACGACGCCGGGCGGAAGAGAGCUGGGGAUUCGCUAG